AUGGCCGCCGCGAUCUCAUUGACAGUAACAAGUGAACGCAAUGACGAGAUCUCGCUGACAGUAACAAGUGAACGCAAUGACAAGAUCUCACUGACAGUAACGACUGAGCGCAAUGACGAGAUCUUGCUGACAGUAACAAGUGAACGCAAUGACGAGAUCUCACUGACAGUAACGACUGAACGCAAUGACGAGAUCUUGUUGACAGUAACGACUGAACGCAAUGACGAGAUCUCACUGACAAUCUCGUUGACAGUAACGAGUGAAUGCAAUGACGAGAUCUCGCUGACAGUAACAAGUGAACGCAAUGACGAAAUCUCACUGACAGUAACGACUGAACGCAAUGACGAGCUCUCGUUGACAGUAACAAGUGAACGCAAUGACGAGAUCUCACUGACAGUAACGACUGAACGCAAUGACGAAAUCUCACUGACAGUAACGACUGAACGCAAUGACGAGCUCUCGUUGACAGUAACAAGUGAACGCAAUGACGAGAUCUCACUGACAGUAACAACUGAACGCAAUGAGAUCUCGUUGACAGUAAAAAAUGAACGCAAUGGCGAGAUUUCCUUGACCGUAACGAGUAGACGCAAUGACGAGAUCUCGUUGACAGUACCGAGUGAACGCAAUGACGAUAUCUCGCUGACAGUAACAAGUGAACGCAAUGACGAGAUCUCGCUGACAGUAACAAAUGAACGCAAUGAGGAGAUCUCGUUGACAGUAACGAGUAGACGCAAUGACGAGAUCUCGUUGACAGUAACGACUGAACGCAAUGACGAGAUAUCGUUGACAGUAACGACUGAACGCAAUGACGAGAUCUCGUUGACAGUAACAAGUGAACGCAAUGACGAGAUCUCGUUGAUAGUAACGACUGAAUGCAAUGACGAGAUCUCGUUGACAGUACCAAGUGAACGCAAUGACGAGAUCUCCUUGACAGUAACGAGUAAACGCAAUGACGAGAUCUCACUGACAGUAACGACUGAAUGCAAUGACGAGAUCUCACUGACAUUAACGACUGAACGCAAUGACUAG